AUGGAAUUUAAAAUGUUUAAAAAGAUAAAACUUCAAAAUUUAAUUUUGGAUAGGUUUAAGAUAAUAAAUGGAAUCGUGUGUAGGAUGUGUGUGAAUGAUGGCAAAACAUUUAAGGCGAAUAAUUAUAAAUUUUUUUUGCUGUAA